CCCGAAACUCGCCGCGCGAGCCUGGGGCACCGGUGGCCUCGGCGCAAGGGCGACGCGCCGGACUUUCCUCGGCGCCCAGGUGGAGAGUCCGUAUCCCCCGCGCGAGGGGGGGCGCCCCAGACCAGGAGCACCCCGGAGGAAAGCCGUGUGUACCCCGGGUCCACGGACACCGCAGCCUGGGAGGAUUCCCGCCCCCCAGGCCCCCCCACGGGGAGAAACCCCCGACGACGAGCGUCUCUGAUUGGAGCAUCCCAGGCCGGGACACGCCCCCUGGCCCCGCGGCGCCCCACUUGGAGCCGCGUCCCACCCACAGCCUCCGCGCGCCGCUGCCAGGCGCCCUUUCUUCCUUCUGAGCCUCCUCUGUUCCUUCUGUUUGUUGUUUCCCUUUCCCCAGCCUUCUCGAGUUGCCUUACAUCUUUGAUCACACGUGGGGCGCCUCUCUUUGCGUCGGGGGCGCACAGGGCUGGGGAGACGGCGGGUCGCAGUUUCUCACCCGCCUUUGGAACGCCUGUCUCCGCUGUCGCGACCCGAGUGAGUGCAGGAGGGACGGCCGCCCCCGCCCCCGCCCCCGCCCCGACCCCGGCCGCGGGGGACUCCCCUCUGAAGAGAAAACAUUGGAGGCAGAAUCCUAAAUAUGCAUCAUAUAGAACUACUCUUGACACUUUUGGCGCUUAUGUUUACAAGAACCUUAGAAACUUGUACUUCACGUUUUAACAUCACUGCGGUCAGAGGCGAACCUUUCUAUCUGAAAUAUUGCCCAUCAGCAUCUGAGCACAAGAAUGAAGCAACCGCCAUAAAAUGGUACAAGAGCAAUGAAUCACAUGGGCGCAUUGAGCUAAAUUCAAGGAAUUCACCCAGAAUUACUCUGCACGAUUAUAUUUUGGAGUUUUGGCCAGCUGAGUUGGAGGACAGUGGAUCUUACUUUUUCCAAAUGGGAAAUGAUACCCGUGAAUGGAAAUUAAAUGUCAUUGCAAGAAGGAAAUACAGCUGUUUUGCUGAAAAACAACUAAUUAGUAAAAUUGUGGAAGUUCAAAAAUCUUUGCAUAUAAACUGUGAACAUACAUACUAUCAAAAACUGUCCAAUAGAACAUCACUGUAUAAGAACUGUGAAAAGAUAGAGAACAAUAAAAACCCAGCUUUACAGAAGAAUGCAGAAUUUAAUGAUCAGGGAUAUUAUACCUGUGUGUUUUUCAUUCAUCAUAAUGGAAAACUAUUUAAUGUCACCAAAACCUUCAAUGUAACAGUAGUUGGAGAUCGCAGUAAAAUAAUUCCUGUUCUUCUUGGACCAAAGCUUAACCACGUGAAGGUGGAAUUAGGAAAAGAUGUAGAACUCAACUGCUCUGCUUUGGCGAAUGAAAAGGAUGCAGUUUAUUGGAACGUGUGGGAGGAAAAUGGGAAGGAACCUAACGUACAUGAAGAGGACAUAACAAGAAUUAGGACCCUGGAAGGCAAAUUGUAUGCAUCAAGAAUAUUGAGAAUUGAGAAUAUUAAUGAAAAAAAUCUACUUUUUUCAUAUAAUUGCUCUGUGGCCAGCGAGGGAGGCACAGACACCAUCCACUUUGUCUUGCUGAAAAAAGAAGAUAUGGCUGAUAUAUCAGGCUACGUCUUCACCAGAGGAAUGAUUAUAGCUGUUUUGAUCUCAGUGGGAGUUGUGUGCCUAGUGAUUAUAGGUGUCAUUUAUAGAGUUGACUUGGCCCUAUUUUAUAGACAUUGCAUGGGAAAAGAUGAAACAUUGACAGAUGGGAAAACAUACGAUGCUUUUGUGUCUUACCUAAGAGAAUGUGGACCCGAGAAUGGAGAGGAGUACACCUUCGCUGUGAAGAUCUUGCCCGAGGUGUUGGAGAAACACUUUGGGUAUAAAUUAUGCAUAUUUGAAAGGGAUGUAGUGCCUGGAGGAGCUGUUGUUGAUGAAAUCCACUCGUUGAUAGAAAAAAGUCGAAGACUAAUCAUUGUCCUAAGUAAAAGCUACAUGUCUAAUGAAGUCAGGUAUGAACUUGAAAGUGGACUCCACGAAGCACUGGUAGAAAGGAAAAUUAAAAUCAUCUUAAUUGAAUUUACACCUGUCAGUGACUUCACGUUCUUCCCCCAAUCACUAAAGCUUUUGAAAUCUCACAGAGUUCUGAAGUGGAAUGCUGAUAAACCUCCAUCGUAUAAUUCAAGGUUCUGGAAAAAUCUUCUUUAUCUGAUGCCUGCAAAAAUGGUCAAGCCAUGUAGAGCUGAAUCUGAAGACUUGACUGUUCUUUCAAAGUUCUGAUCUUUAGGAAACCUGAAUAUAAGAAAGAACUCUUGAUGCUCUGGGCCCAGAGUCGAUGAACCUGUUUUUACCAAAGGGUACUAUUAAAAAUAUUGACCUCUCUGAAAAUCCUACUUACAGUUUGAAGAUGAAAGCUGUCAUUAGGUUGCUAGGAAUAAGACUUGCUCCCAGGGAAACAUGGAAUUCAAAAGCAAUGGAUCUCCCGUUUCUCCCUCCUCUAUAACUGGCUACAGGUGCUCAUUCUCAAUCCAUAUUCAGUAACUGUGAGGCUGGACACGGAGCAAAAUACCUUGUGCCUUAUUAAAAGGGCAUAUCUUUAUAUUUUUAAUAUCAGUGAUUGAACUAAAGGAUUUUAAGUUCAUGAAGAGCAUUUUCUAUGAUCCAGUAGGUGACAUAAUAACGAGAAUGGGGCCUUCACUGUAGCACAGGGCAGCCUACCUCUAAGCACCAUGGACAGUGCCUGGGAAGUGGCAAAGGGCUGCUGGGGCUGUGUACAUUAGGGGACCAAGGCGUGGCAGGACCUCAGCCUCAGGACACAUUUAAUGUGUUCCAGCUGUAGCUGCAAGCCAAUGGGUUAUUGGAAACCCCUAAAGCACUGAAAAGGGCUUGCUUAAUUGGGCCUGUUUGGAGGGAACUUCCCCAAAUUGUUUUAUUAUUCAUGAAAGACACACAUUUUAAUGAAGGUAAUUCUGUUGGGUUUUUCAAAACUGGCCUAAAACAUUUAUUUAUUUAACAGGUAUGUUUACAGGCAGGGUAGAUGCCAAAUCAUAUUUUCCAUAUUAGCCAUUAGUCACUAUUAUCUGUUAGCCACAGUAAAUUAUGGUAGGUACUUGCUUGAUUUUUUUUAAAUGACAUAUUUAACAUGCCUUUAAAGUGGAGGUGGCAUGGCAUGAUGGUUGAGCAUGAGCCAUGCACUCAAGUCACUCGAGCUCAAAUCCUGGGCUUGCUAUUUACUUCUGUGAACCCCUAGAACCUUUUUUUUAAUAUAAUUCAUGAGAGACACAGAGAGAAAGAGAGGCAGAGAGAGAAGCAAAGAAGCAGACUCCAUGCAGGGAGCCCGAUGUGGGACUCAAUCCCAGGACUCCAGGAUCACUCCCUUGGGCCAAAGGCAGGUGCCCAACCACUGAGCCACCCAGGCGUCCCCCAUAGAACCUUUUGAACCAAUCUAUGCCUCUAUUUCCUUAUCUGUAAAUUAUAAUUUAUAGUAAUUUUACUUACUUCACAGGGGAACUAAAUGAAUAAAUCUAAAGUACUUACAAGAGUUCUUGGCACAGACUUAGAAGUGUAUGUGUGGCUAAUUCUAUUAUUAUUAUUAAUUGUCACUAUUAAUUGUUAUUAUUGUUAGAUGAGUUAUUUAGCAGUGAAUGAAAAUGGAAGGCAGAGAUCUGGAAAGAAAAAGAGAUCUGGAAGGAAGGCAGUUUUGACUUGAGGACAUUUGUAUAUAUAGAGAAGCGUAUCAGUAGGGCAAAAGAUAUUUCUCCAUUAGACACAUGAAACUUUUGACACUGGAAGACAUGUGUCUUAUCUCCCUAAGGUGAGCCCAGCACUGUGGGUGGGCCUUCUUGGUGGCCUUGGCUGUCAUGGCUGUCUGUGGAAAUCACUGAGUGAGGGACAAAUAUCCGCCUUACACAGAAAGUAAAGAGUUGGGUAAAUCUGGAAGCCUGGUUAAAAUACAUGGUUGCAGCAUGAAUGUCCCAGAAAAGUUUAAAGCAGACUGUUUAAAACAGCUGUGGUGGAGGGGCAUCUGGGUGGCUCAGUGGUUGAGCAUUUGCCUUAGUCUCAGGGCGUGAUCUCGGAGUCCCGGGAUCGAGUCCCACAUCGGGUUCCCUUCAAGGAACCUGCUUCUCCUUCUGCUUAUGUCUCUGCCUCUCUCUGUGUGUCUCUCAUGAAUAAAUAAGUAAAAUCUUUUUUUUUUUUUAAAAAAAAAAGCUGUAGUAGAUAUUGCUGAAAAUUUUUAAAAACCUGAGAUUAGAUUUUCAGUGUGAGAAAGAGAUUUACUUUUUAUAGAACUUAAAAUUUUGUGGGCUAGUUGGGUGGCUAAAGUAAAAAUUUUAACUACUAGCUUAAUGUUUUAUGUGUAAAAACAUACAGUUUAGGGAAAUUUUAUUGCUAUCAUCAGAGUCUCUAAUACAUAGACUGAUUUUGCUUUUAUAUUAUGUAUGCUAUAAAAUGUAUUGAGUGUAUUUUGUAUUAGAUGUGUUAAAUAUAUACAUUAAAUAUAUGCUUUAAAAGACAUUUAAA